AUCUAAUUCUCGGAGAGUUGUAGGUAAUUGCUGGAGCGUGGCGACCCGCUGAACCCCUGUAACUGAGCUCAAAGAACCGAUGUAAAGAGUACACCCCCACCAGCACACACGCGCUCACACGCACGCACAAAAUCACACACAGAGGGAGAGCGAGAGAGCGCGAGAGAGAGGGAGAGAGAUAGAGAGAGGGAAUUAACCCCGCGCGCAGUCCCGGCGCAAGAAGAAGAGGAGGAGGAAGAGGAGUACAGAGCGCGCGCUGGAGGCGACACCUGUCAGUCCGUUUCCAAACAUCUACUGGUUGUUUAAAGAAAAAGAGAAAAAACCUGAGACCACCCGAGGACCCGCGGGAUUAACCGAGGCGGACAUAGAGGCUGGCCGCACAUACCGCCGCUGUUUGCCGCUCGGGGGAGAGACGGACACGGAGUGGAGACAGAAGCGUGUGGCGGCGCCGUUAUGACAAGACGUGCCCGAGUUAAAGUGGAGGAGUUGACGCAGGUUAGAUGUCGAGUGAUUGACGGAGAGAGAGAGAAGGAACGGGACUUUAUCUGAGGUUGGUGCUCGAUGACACUUGUCCAGCUUUCCUGCUGAAGCAAACAUCACUGACGUCCACCUUCAGGAUAACAGACAGCAGCCCGCUUCACUAAUCUGUGGGCGAACUUUUCACAUCGAGCCACGUGACCGACCAUCAUCACAGCGCAACUGAGGACAACAGACAGUAAACACUCUCAUUAGGCUUCGCUGCGUCACAAGUGGAUCUGUCUCAAGUGACAAAGAAGCGAUCAAACAUUUAACAGAGGAAAAGAGCCCAACUCUUACAGCCUGUAUUCAGCAUCAGGUCAACCUGUCCACGACAGCCUCCACACGUGCUCACUACCAUCACCAAACUGUGAAUUUUAUGUUGUCGUAAUUGUGACAAUACAACAAAUAAUAUCGGAUAAAAUUUUCCUAAAGACCUUUUUACUGGAUUUUUGUGAGCACUGGAAGCCCCACGUACUCUCAUCCCACUGCCAAUUAAUUAAGACCAGGACCUGGCAAUUCAAAGCAAGCGUAGAACUAUCGUCCCAAUUUUUGCAUGACCCACUGAUUGCAUGAAUAUCUAGGAUUACUUUUGACUUCGAAGAAGGACCCCUUGAGCCCCCAACCAUCUUCUGGCUGUCUCCCAGACUGUAGCAUUUGGGUGUGGAGGAGUUGUUUCAGAAUAAGGCCUCUGGACACCCAUUGAAGAUGACUUGAGUUGGCAGGCAUAAAAACCCUUUACCAAAAAAGAAGAAAAACAAAUUACCCAGAGAGAGAGGGAGCUUGGCAGCAGGACACACAAACACAAAUGUGGGUGCCGGGGCGGCUUUGAGCCAUGCUGGUGUCUCUGGUUGCGGAGCCCUGGAGUACAGGCUAUCAUCAUCCCUAUCAUCAUUCAACCAAGCUGAGGAAGAUUCGACGGCCCGAAGGAACCCGGCGACACUUCUGAACAAUUCAAAGAAUCUGAGCUUACACACAGAGAUCCAGAGCGUCGUCCUCCAUCACACAUACAGACAGUCUCACGCUAAACCUUGAUUCAGAAAAGACAAAACUGCAGCGGCAGACGUGAAAGGCACAGAAACUGAGCAGGAGCUGUGUACCAACAUGGCAGCUGAGAGUCUUGCUGAGCUCCGCGACUGGCUCUUUCUGCUUCUCCUGUGCCUCACCUUAUUGGCUGAGGUGCUGGAACUGGCGGCAGCGGCAAUUGCCAUGGAGACGGGCGAGGGAGAUGAGGGCAUUGUUUGUCCCUCAGUGUGCCGCUGUGAUGAGGGCUUUAUCUACUGCAAUGACCGUGGCCUCAGCCUAAUUCCUCCACUACCGUUAACAGCUGCCAUCCUCUACUUGCAGAGCAACCGGCUGAGUAAUGCCGGACUGCCUCCCUCACUGGAACGUAGUAAUUCUAUACGAGUGAUUUACCUGUAUGCUAACCAAUUAGAUGAAUUCCCUUUACAUCUCCCGCCUUCAUUACGAGAGCUUCACUUGCAGGAUAAUAAUAUACGAACGUUACCGCGGUCAAGUUUGGCCAAAUUACCAUUGCUAGAACGUUUACACCUGGAUGAUAACUCGAUAUCAACGGUUAGCAUUCAGGAGAGAGCUUUUUCGGGGACUCCAAGGCUUCGACUGCUGUUCCUGUCUCGAAACCACCUGUCAAGCAUCCCUGCGGGCAUGCCAGCUUCCUUGGAAGAGUUGCGACUUGACGACAACAGAAUCAGCACCAUCCCCACACAUGCCUUCCGGGGGCUUUCCUCACUGCGACGCUUAGUCCUGGAUGGGAACCUGUUGGCCAACACACGCAUUGCAGAUGACACCUUUUCCCGUCUCUCCAACCUGACGGAGCUGUCGCUGGUCAGGAAUGCCCUGCAGUCACCACCUGUCAAACUGCCUUCAGCUCACCUGAUAAAACUCCAUUUGCAAGACAAUGGAAUGACCCACAUACCAAGGGGGGCACUUGAUGGGAUGCGGCGGCUACAGAGGCUGGACCUGUCAGGAAACAAUCUUACCAGUCUCCCCCGAGGACUUCUGAAGGACACAGAAAGCCUUGAGAUGCUACUAGUGCGAGGAAACCCCUGGUACUGUGGUUGCAACCUUCGCUGGCUACACGCCUGGCUGCACAGCCGGGGGGCAGGAGUGACAGUCAGAGGUCUGACUUGUCAAGGGCCUGAGUCUGUAAGGGGCCAGAUCUUGCGAGACCUAAAUGACCUGAUGGAGCAGUGUGAAGGCCCUCCUGUUGGUCCCAGCACUGGAGUCGGGGUGAACCCAGCAGAAAAAGAUGGAGGAAGUGAAGAUGGUGUUGGAGGCGGACAAGCAGUGGCUUCUGAGCCACAUGGCAGCACCACCACUUCCUCUCUGUUGGUCUCCACACAAGGUUCCCUCUUUACUCUGCGAGCCAAGCGGCCGGGCAUUGUUAUGCCUCUGCCUCCCAGUGAAGGAGGACAUAUAUCUGGCGAGGCCUUGGAGCUGACUGUAAAACCUCUCUCUUCAGACAGUGUACUGGUCAGUUGGCUGUGUCCACAACCAGUACCCUCCUUCCGCUUGUCGUGGCUGAGAUUGGGUAGCAGUGCAUCUCUUGGUUCAAUAACAGAGACUUUGGUUCCUGGGGAGAGGACACAGUAUCUCCUUAACCAGCUCAGCCCACACUCACAUUACCUCAUCUGCCUGUUGCCACUACGACAAGAGCACUCAUUUGGGGGUUCUAGCAUGGGUUCAUCGCGAUCUGGCAGCAUGGAUACGGACAGUAAAGACUCAGCCCCUGCUUGUGCUCAAAUAGAGACUGGAGAUGCUCUGAUUAGCUCAGGAGGGGAGGGGUCUGAUAAAGAUGGCCAGGACUCAGAGAUAACAGCCCUGCCAUUAGCUGGGAUCAUAGGGGGUGCUACAGCAUUGGUAAGCCUGUUGUUGAUAUUUGGCAUCUUCUGCUGGUAUGGACAGAGGGCAGGUUACAAGUCUGGGGACUCGGGCACAUACAGCAGGGGCCGAGGUGGAAAAACUUAUGAUGACUAUGUAGAAUCGGGCACGAAGAAAGACACUUCCAUUUUAGAGAUUAGGGCCCCUCCUCCAGGGUUUCAGAUGACAACUAUGGCCCAUCAGCCACUUCAACCGAAGCUGGAGGAUGUCACCUAUAUCCACACAAUUUUCCCCUCCUCUUCUUCUUCCUCCCAAGCUAACGGGACCUACCGGAGCACCCUCGGGGCUGGCAGCCUAAAUGGCACCAUUCUCAGCCAAACCAGCCACCAUCAUGUCACUUAUGGCACCAACCGUGGCUACAGAGAUGGUGGUAUCCCCGACAUAGAUUAUGUCUACACGUGAUGAUACAGGGACACUGUCCUUAAGCCAUGUAUGCCAGAGGUCCCAUUUAGGAUGACGACCCUUGGCUAUUGGCCAUUUUGUCCUUGGUUUCCAAAGUACCCUCUGUGCCUCUGCUGGUUCAAUUCUGAUUGGUUUGUUUAGUAGAAAAGCCUGAUUUUAGUAAUGCUGAUUGGGCAUUGCUAUUGAGUGACAGAAAUUACUGUCCUGCUAUACUCUGCUACUGUAUACAACAAUGUACGGUAGGCCUUUUCAACUCUACUUAUAGUUAUGAAUGGUUACGUUUUCUCUUUUGGAUAUCUCAGUGUCUUUCAAGUUCUUCUAAGCUCAUAAUAUUACACAGUAACUUAUUUGAGGUUGAUAUAAUAGGCUGUAGCUGAUUUAGCAGGAGAUAUAUUUAUUAUAUGAGGAAAAGGCACUUGAUGUGUAUAGCGAUAGCUCUCGUAUCUCCCUACCAACUGUAAGCUCUGUGCUGUAUAGAUAAAAAGGAUAACAGAGGGAGAAUUCAAUUGUUGUUAUAACCCACAGAUGAAAAUGCAUCAUGGUUGACAUGAAAAGAUGUGUUUCUAGUCCCCUCCGUUCCCCUACUUUUUAAUUUGUUCUCCUUUCCGUCCCUUUUUUUGGCUGAGACUCUUUCCUUUUAUUUCUCUCAUGUCUGUCGUUAGCAGAGGACGACUUUGUUCUCUCCAUGGGAGCUGACAGAAGUGAUAAUAGUCCUGACAGAGACUGGAGACACAAACCACAGCAUGGGAAGACUAAUGAGAGGGAGAGAGAGAGAGAGAAAGAGAGAGAGGGAGUGGGGGUGAUAAAUGGAUUGAUGGAUGGAGGGGGAAAACAUGAAAGAAGACAAGCGGGAAAGAGAAGGGUGCCAGUCUGGGCUGAGAAAGGUGUGUUGGCUCAAGGCAGAGAGUGAGGACAGAAGAGUGGAAAAAAAGGCAGAUAAGUAAAAAGCAGGAUGUGUUACAAAUGCAGCGGCAGGAGGUAAAAAAGCACACAAAAGGAAAAAAAGGAUGGGGGAUCGAGAAGCGUGCGGGCGGGGCAAAGCAGAGGGGUGACAACUGGAGUAAUGUAACAUCAUCAUCCCAAAAAAUGGCUCAAGUUCUACCCACAGUGUAUCCACGACUGCACUCAGCUAAAAAAUUGUGAUAACAGGCUGCACUCUUCUUUCCAAGACUGAAGUAUCAGCUGCCAGUGAGUGAUCAUUAUCAUAACAAGUCAAAGACUCAAAUAAUCAUACCUGAGCUUUCACCUUACGUAACAUGUUUCAUCAUCAAAACAUAGACGUUUACACCCUUUACUCAAAAAUCUGAAAAUCAGAGCAAAACACGAAAGAAAUGUCAACACUGUAGGAAAAAUGACAGGCUUGUGAAAAGCGGCUGUAAAACAGCUCCCUCUCAGAUUGUUAAAAAUGUACAGCAUGUUCCCAGUUUCUCUUGUAGACUGGUCUCAUUAUUAAAUUACAUUUGCAAAUGAAGACAGAGAAAUAAAAGUCUUAUUAUAGUAACCCAUUAUCAUCAAGAGGCUGGCUAAAUUUUUUUAAUAAAACUUUGAAGCAGCUAAUAAUCUCUUAGUGGAAAUCAGAACUACUGUGGUCUUUUGGCAAAAAAUUUCACUCACAAAUAAUUAAUUUCAAUCUUAUUAAUAAAACCGUUUUACCAUUUUUAUUGCAUUAGGAAAAAAAAAUCUACAUACAAGAGGGUAUGAUUAGAAGAAAACACGUAUAUACAUAGAGCACUACUGGCUUUUGAAAAAAAUAAAGACCAAAUGAGAAAUUGUAUAACUUCGUCACAAUGAUGUAGACAUCUGUUUAAACUCCUGUGUUGUCAUCAAGUAUAAUUGCCUGUUUAUUUUGAAUCUGCAACAAUCAUUUUCUAAGCAAAAAAUAAAAAAAACAUGUUUCACCGUCUUAAUUGAGAGUAUUUUCUACUUUUCUUGUGAAUAAGAAAAUGUUUUAACCAUCAUUUAGAUUAAAUGUCAUCACCUGGGGCAGUUUUAA